AUGAAACUGGGCAAAAGGCCCCCCCGGCAAGCCCAAGCCAGCUCCAGCGCAAGAGAAGAGGCCCGGGCAAUCGAUGGGUCCCACCAGCCCGGGCAAGCCCAAGGACAGGUUUCGCCUGGGCUUCAGCCCGAGGGCGGUGACGUCAACACUGACGUCAUACCUGAUAGAAUCCAACGGGCAUGCGCCACGUGUCGCAAUCAAGACGGCCCUCGUUUUUUUGGCUAA